AUGGCUUCUGCUCCAACAUUGGCUCCAUCCAAUAAGGAGACGACUAAUUACGCCAGAUUGUGUCGCCUUUUAGUGGAUGGAGGCACCAAGGCCUUAAGAUACACCUUUGACAAGUUCCACUCCCCAGCAAACCUGUUUAAUGUUUUGAAAGCUGGUUCUCCAGAGCAUUCAACUCUGCAGUCCCUUAAAAAGAAGAAAAUCAUCAAUACCAUGCAGUGGGGUAAGCUGUAUCCCUCUCCUCCUUCAUCUGUAACAUCAGAAGACUUUGACAUCACGCUACUGAUGGUGCUACUGAGGAACAUCUGCGGCCUGGCUGCUCCUGCCACAGGCUGGGACAGUCUUCCACCUGCUUCAAACACCAGUGUUGAGGCUAACAUAGUCAGAGUGAAGUAUUAUAGGAACUCGGUCUAUGGGCAUGCCAUCCAGCCGUCUAUGGACGAUCCAACUUUUAAGUCCUUGUGGCAGGAUAUAAGUGCUGCACUGGUUGUGCUGGGUGUAGAUGCAGCUGCUAUCACAAAACUAAAAGAUGAGACCAUGGAUCCAGAUACAGAGAAGCAUUACCGAGGGCUGUUAAAGGAAUGGAAGAAAGACGAGGAUAUCAUCAAAGACCAACUUGAUAAAAUGGAAGGUACAGAUUACUAUUUUGUAGUGUUUUGGAAAAAGAAGGGUGUGAUUAGAAUAAGGUUUAGGUGGUGUUCAAAUGAAAGCUUAGAAUUCGACAAAAUUAACUUUCUUCUUACAAAGAACACUUUUCAUAACUAUAAACUGACAUCUGAAGGACUACAAGCAGAUUUAAUUUAACGUCUUAAGGCUAGUGACUGUGUGUUGUUAAGUUAGCAAUUGUUGGAUUCGGCUUUCAUAUGAUCUGAAGAAUUAGGCAGAUCUCGGAUGGUGCUAUCCGAUAAUGCAGCCGAACCUGUGCUGAAAAGAACAGCAGUAAAUAACUCGAAUAGCUAACGAUUGUUGAAUUCGGCUUUCGAGAUAAGAUGGAUAAGGUCCGGUUUAAGCGCGGAACGUUUCAUUAGCUGAACCUAAAUCUAAAUCAAAUCAGCGUCUAAAUCAAUUAAGAACUCCUUUAACUUCGGCGGAGCGUGAAGUAAAGGAUUCGCGACGCUCAGGAAUGUCCCAAAGUUGCUUUUUUGGGACAAGAUUGGGCACGCAAAGUCCGUAGGUUUUCGGCUUUAUUCGGCUGUUUGACGAAGUGAGAGCCGAAUUAGUUCGAGAUAUCUCGAGAUCACUUCGAUUUCUUUGAUUUAUUCUUUAACUUAUUGGAGGAAGAAAGAAUUAUUAUUUUGGCUUUCCCGGAGUUAGAACCUACUCACCUGUGUGGCCUGUCAGCUCAGAGGGCCACUGCGAACCAACGUAGUUUGGGAUAUGAAAAAUAGCUAUGAAAUUAUGCACUAGUUUCAGGACAAGAUUGGACACGCAAGUUCGUGACUUUUCGGCUUGUCUCGGCUAUUUCACAAAAGGAGACCGGAAUUACUUUGAGAUAUGUUGAGAUCACUUCGAGUUUAGUCUUAAAUUACUCAAGGAAUAAACAAAAGAUAUUACAAGGCCGCGCAGAGACACGAAAUUUCUCUUCGAGUGUUGAAAAAAAUUUCAUGAGUGAGUUUCGAACUGUUUUAUGAUGAAUUUAAAGUUACAAAAUGCUGCAAAAAGACGUUUUGUUUUUGUUGAGCUUUAGCCAAUUCCAUGUUCAACAUAACUGACUCUUUACCCAUGCCUUACAAUUAUCUUUAAUCAGCACAUGACAAUGUUAUGCUGUUUUUGAAGCCUGAUGUAAAUAAAAAAAUAGAGAACUCUUUCUUCACUGUUUUCUUGUUGUUGUUAGACUUGAUACUCAACGCCAGUAAUCUCAUAUUUGACUUGGGUCUAAACGUUUAGACCCAAGUCAAAUUAUGGAGUCAUCAGAGCAAAACUGGGCUAAUAUCUUCGAGACAAUUUGCCCCGGAAUGCUGGUUUUUGGCAAGUAGGCCCCUUGAAUGUUGCUCUUUUCAGAACACAAAUAAACUCCCAUAAUUUGACAAAUUUAAUUUUUAUGACGUCAACACUUUACAACUCUUUUGGCACCUUACUCCCACCAUAUAUCAUUUCUUACUAUUCCUCCGCAUUUACAAUUAAUCCCACAACCACGACCCCGAAGUGUACGCUCCAUAGCGUCUGGUUCCAAUUUGGAACGGCUCAGCCGUUCUUUCUGCCUAGCCCGGCCGGGAAUGUCGACUUCGGAUCGACUUUGCGCGGCUUUGAUUCAGACGCCGAACUUUUCAUGUACCCAACUAAAUGCAUAAGUUAUUAUAACGUAUUUUGUAAGCAGUUUGACUGAAAUCAAUAUUUUGUCCUUCUUAACCUGUAGUUCGGCCUCCUUCAAUAAUUGGUAAUUAUCUAAGCUGACAAGUUGGACACUGAGGGAAACCGUUUUUUUUUCUCCAGGUAAAAUCAGAGAUAACCUUGAGCAGAUGAAAAGUGAAAUGGGAAAGAUGAGCGAGACGCUGAAGGCUAUGAAAAAUUCUGUGACAGAGGAUAAGGGUCAGUUUCCAAAAAAAUGAAACAAAAUAAAAUUUAUUAGUUGUUUGACUGAGUCAAGUUAACUUUUAAUAACGUUUUUAGCAAAAUGAAUUUUAAAUUCUUAAGACCUUUUCACUAAGGAGUGAGAAACAAACCAUAAGAGAAGCGAAAUGGAAAAUGUUAGCGAGAAGAUAACAGAGGAAGGAGGUCAGUUUCUAAUGUUAAUUCUAAAUUCCAUAACUUGGAAACCCUUUAGUUUGAACACUUUGUAUAUUGUUACAAAGUGCCCAAAAUUAAAUCAGCUCUACUAUAUUAAAUAGGGUCAAGUGUAUGGAGAAGGCUGUCACUUACAACAGUAUAAAUUCUAUAAACUGGCAUACAUUUAACUUGUCCUCAAUAAAAGGUGUGUGAUGAAAGUCCAAUUUUGCUUAGCAUAUGUUUUCCCGACAGAAAAAACGAGAAAAGACCUGCAGCAGAUGAAAAGCGGGAUAGAAAACAUCAGCGAGACACUCCAGACUUUAAAGGCAUCCCCGACCAAAGAGAAAGGUCAGUUUCCUCAACCAACAGCCCACCGGAAUUAAGUAUCCCUCUUAAAUGGUUGUUUAAAGCCCCGUAUUGCUGAUUGAUCAGUGAGUUUGGGUCCCAUAAGAACAAUUUCAUAUCCACAAAGGAUUUACUCAAGAAGACCCAACGUACUGGCUACAACUUACUCACUUGCCUUUAAUAAAAUUGUAAUUUUCUUAACAAGUCUAAGGAGGACGGAUGACAUGCCUUGAACUUUCUGAGAAAAAAAUCGCUAGGCUGUUUAUUGCUAUCUAUUCUCCCGUAAAGAUGGUAACAUUGGAGCCACCUACUGGAAUGGGGGCUAUCUUGGUUUCAAUACCGAGGGGUCGCCCAUUUUUUUUUAAUUUUCAGCGAAUGUUUUUAUUUUGUAGCAAUACUUUUAUUUGAUUCAUGUCCCUUGUGGGCAACCGUGGGUACUCUCCCCAGAUGAGAAAGAGAUGACGUCCAUAUCAAACUCAGNUCACUUCUUUGUUGUAAAAAUUGAUAAUAAGGCACACCUUUGUCCCUAUUUUAUAAAAAAAGGAGUCCCCUCUAAAAUGGCGCCGUCUAAACAAGAAGGGGCCCCUUUGCUCUUUCCUUUUUAUUAUUUUAGGCCUCCCCCCCCCCCCCCCGCCCCCCCACACACAUACACCAGUAACGGAUGUGUUGUGGCUUAAUUUUAUCCUUGGUUUAAAUUUUAUCUUCUUUUGUUUCAAACUUAUUAUUAUGUGAUUAUCAUACAUUACAACACCCAAACCAAAAGGAAACAAAAUUUAAAGCUAAAAUAAAAUUGAACCACAGCAGAUGUUUCACGCUUUCGUUUGAAGCGUUGUUGAUUGAAUUGGCUAGGGGAAAUGAUUGUUUCGUUUAGCAAAGUCACCUCCUCCUCGCAUAUUUUUCAGGGUGAUAGUUACUUUUUCUUAGGGACUUAAAGAGUAGCAAACCAAACUGGUUUAGACAAAUCUUUGCAACAUUAUAUUGGUUCUCAUUUCUUCUCAUCAGUUGGUUUGGUUGCCGAGCAUAUUGAAAUUAUUCGCCAGAAGUACAAACGUCACGAGGGAUGGCUCGCGCCCUUUCCUUGGUGCGAAGACUUUCACUUUCAACUUAGAGAUAUUUAUACACGGCUUCGUAUAGUCAGCAGAGAGAAAAAAGCAAGAGGAAUAGCGACACAAACAGCCGUUGAAGCGACUGAAAUCUUCAAACCCCACGAAGAAUGCAAACAACCUAAAAAGGUAUUGAUUGAAGGAAAGCCUGGAAUGGGAAAGACAACGUACUGCAAUAAGGUUGCUUACGAUUGGGCCGUAAAGAUAAAAAAAGAAGGAGAAUUCUUUCCGGAAUUUGAGAUGGUGCUUUUGGUGAGAUGCCGUGAUGUCGAGAUCGAGUCCGACCUUUGGGGAGCCAUUGACGAUCAGCUUUUGCCAGGUGAAAUUCACCGAAAGGAAAGAGAAAAAUUCUUCGAGUUCAUUCGGCAAAAUCAAUCGAAGGUUCUACUGAUACUUGACGGAUUAGACGAGUUACCUUCGAGCAAACUGCCGGAGUUUACUGACAUCAUACAAGGUAAAAUACUUCCUUUAUGUCACCUUGUGGUUACAGCGAGACACGAGGCUGGUAUACCAGUGAGAAAAGUUUGUGACACUCUGCUAGAGAUUGAAGGUUUCACUUAUCAAGAUAUCAAAGAAUUUAUUCACAAAUAUUUUGUCGGCAAGGAAGAUUUGGCCGAAAAGCUCUUGGAUAAAAUACAGAAUGAGGAAAGGCUCAGAGAGAUGGCGGCAAACCCUUUAAACACUGCACUGCUUUGCCUUCUUUGUGAAGACUUUCAAGGUAUUUUACCUGAAAGCAGAACUCAGUUGUAUUUGGAAAUAGUAAAAUGUGUCCUCAUUAGAUACAGGAAAAAGAAAGGUCUAUCAGUCGAAAGUGAGGAUCUGAUUGAAAUCUACAAAGAUCAGUUGAAACUCCUUGGCUUGAUAGCUUUAAACGGCCUGUAUGAAGACAACAUGUACUUUGAGGACAAAAAGCUUUCAAGUGAAAAUGCCGACUUAGCUGAAUUUGGCUUUCUGUCAGCUCAACCUGGAAGCAGCAAACGAAGGCCGUGUCUGUGCUACGGCUUUACCCAUAAGAGUUUUCAAGAAUUCUUCGCAGGGCAUUAUCUUUUUUGCCAGCUUUUUAGCGAAGAAACCAGUCCCUUCAUAUUAGUCAAUGACCCAAGAUUUUUCCGAGAGCUGAGAGAGGUAUUGAAAUUUACCUGUGGUCUGCUGGCAGUGAGAUCUCAAGAAAGUGCAGUAUCUCUUAUCCUCUGCAUAGCGAAUGAGGUAAACGAAGAAGAGGUGAGAGAAUGUUUACCUCUUGCACUGGAGUGCAUAAAAGAAUGCAAAAUUGAAAACAGUUAUUUUCACAUAGAAUUGGCACGUACCUUUGGCGCAUGUCUGGAGGUUCAAGAGGCUAAUCUUGAAGGUCAGGAAGGUAUAGAUGACGCUGCCGCUGCUGUGCUUGCUGCCGUUCUUGAAACAAACACAACUCUGACACAUUUGUAUUUGUCUUGCAAUAACCUUGGUCCUGCAGGUGCUGUGUCACUUGCUACAGCGCUUGAAACGAACACAACUCUGACAAAUUUGAAUCUGUCUAUCAAUAACCUUGGUCUUGCCGGUGCUGAGUCACUUGCUACAGCGCUUAAAACGAACACAGCUCUGACAAAUUUGGAUCUGUCUGGUAAUAGCAUUGGUCCUGCCGGUGCUGAAUCACUUGCUACAGCGCUUAAAACAAACACAACUCUGACAAAUUUGGAUUUGUCUGGCAAUAACCUUGGUCCUGCCGGUGCUGAGUCACUUGCUACAGCUCUCAAAACAAACACAACUCUGACAAAUUUGGAUUUGUCUGGCAAUAACCUUGGUCCUGCUGGUGCUGAGUCACUUGCUACAGCGCUUAAAACAAACACAUCGCUGACAAAUUUGAAUUUGUCUGGCAAUAACAUUGGUCCUCCCGGUGCUGAGUCACUUGCUACAGUGCUUAAAACAAACACAAGUCUGACAAAUUUGAAUUUGUAUCUCAAUUGCCUUGGUUCUACGAGGGUUUCAAUGGGGUGGUAGCUUUGACGGUUGACGGAAACUUUUUUCAAUUUUAACGGUUGACGGUUAAAUUUUAGAGCUUUUGACGCUUGGUGGUUAUUAAGUGGAAAUUUAGUCGAAGAGUUUAAAUUAAUAUUAACUGUUGUGUUUUGGACGUUGUCUUGGCCUUUCACUUAUAUAAAAGUUCAAAAUAUUUUCAGUUAUAAGCAAGAUGUAAGAAAGAGUGUUUUUGAGAACACAGGAACUGGUUUUUCCAGUUUAGAGAUUCUUCAGGAGCCAGAAUCCCGUGAAGAUCAGCUAAAAUAGUGAGAUUUAAAAUAACUUGAAACUUUUUGACGGUUAAUAUUAACCUACAUUUUUGACGGUUGAUGGUUUACGAUUAAAUUUUAAGCCGUUUGACGGCUGACGGUUAACCCCAUUGAGACCCUCUUCUAACGGUUCUGAGUCACUUGCUACACCGCUUAAAACGGCAAAUACAACUCGGAAACAUUUGGAUUUGUCUUCGAAUAACCCUGGUCCCGCAUGUGCUGUUUCUCUUGCUACAGCACUUAAAACAACACAACUCUGA